AAGUGUAGAACAUUUGACAGCUCUACACAAUAGAUGUUGGUGAUAUGGCAAAGUUGCUAAUCACAUUUCAUUUAGCAUAACAAUCUAUUGUGAAUGAUGUUAAGUUGUAAAGCGAGUUUAUUUAUAGAAGUAUUUUUAUUGAGUUUAUCAAAUAAAUUUGAAAAAUGUUGGGUUGAAACAAAAAAUACAAAAAUAAUUUAGUGUUUGUAUGCAACGAACUGCAAAUAAUGCAUAGUAAAGCAGCAGAUUGUGGCCCAAGCUACAGCGGGACAAUGCAUGACUUGUGCUCAGGUGGAAUGCAGCUUAGCGUAGGGCAUUUGGAUUUUAAGAGUUUUAAUAAAAAUGAAACACAAACAUUAGAUGCUGAUCAUAUGUUUUCAACUCAGGUUUCGCUCCACACGGAUGAUUUACGUAUUUCGAAAAUUGUGCGACGGCUCCUGGCUGAAAAUGUAAACGCGCAAUUGGCAUUUGAAUUAUUAUGCAAAUUUGAAGCUGCUAUACGCUUACCUGCAAACUCUUCAUUUAUAAGACGGUCUUUCGAUAAUCUGCUUGAAAAUAUGAUAUCGAUUUUGAAACAUUGUCCAAAGGAAACUUUGGAAAAAGCCGGGACAAUAUUUGGAUUAUUAGGCUAUAUAAAUCGAUGUGAUUUUGUUUCUUAUAAAAAUUGUGUAACGAAAGCGUUUCAAACAAACAAAAAUAUACGGAAAUAUUUGAUGAUAGCAAUGAAAACGACAAUUAGUUGUGAUGUGGUGAAUAUGGAUCUGAAUAUAUUCAGUGAGCGUUUGUUAGGUGUUUUGAAAGAUUACCUUGAAAACGCCGAAACUACUGAGAUAUUUAUAAUCAUCAGUGAAACAAUUGCUGAAUUCUCAAAGAUAUAUAAAAAAUCGUUUGAAAUUCAUUUCACAGAUGUUGUCGACAUUAUCGUAGGCUGGCAUUUAGAAGUGGAACAACCGUUAAAACUGAAAUGGCAUUGUGCGUUCGUACUGCAGCAAUAUGCUCAGUAUUUUCUCAAGCAGCUUGAUUUUACAAUUAGUUUACUUGGACAAUUUCUAGAGGAUAUUGUAUCUUUUGGAGAUGAUAUUGCAAAUAAACAAAGUGAAGAAAAGGUGAAACAAUCAUGUGAUAAUCGCAUUGGUGCAUUUAUCGGUGCCUAUAAUUCCAUUUUUAAAGCACUUGCGUUUCAAACUAACUUCUUCAAUUUUGAAUCUGGCGAUGCGAUAAUUCAAAAAGGAUUUGACAUAAUACUAAAAGUUACUAGACAAACAUUGAAUGAUGACUACGUUAGCGAAGAGACCAUUUUAAGCAUUAAUGAUUAUAUAUGCACAUUGUAUGAACAUAAUUUUUCUGUUUCCGAGUUGAUAGAAAUCGAAACUAUUAUUCAGCUGGAAUUAAAUCAUUUGAUGCAUUUUAACGAUCAGCAAACUAGAAGCCUACUUUUUCUUAUCUUAAUUGUUAUACGCUCUUUACGCACUAAUUUAUCCUGCACACUAGUAUCAACAAUAUUUAAAAGUGAUAGCCCAUUAUCAGUUAUAAAGCUUUCCUCACAAGAAGACGCAUUCGAGUUACUCCUACUUAUAUAUUAUGAAGUAUUAGUACUUAAAAAUGUCCCAUUAUUGCAAGAAGCAUAUAAACAUAUACAGAAUGAUAUGAGCUAUGCCAUACAAAUCCUUUCCGGAAUUGAAACAGAAUCAUACUAUAUAGAGAAAGCGAAAGCAAUUCUUAAUUUUAAUUUAACAUCCUUAACUGCUCUUGCUACUCAAACUUCUUCCAUUAUUGGAAUGUAUGCGCUAAAUCCAUCAAUAUUAGAAUUACUUAUAGUAAAUUGCCAAAUAGGUAAUAUGGACAUGUGGUGCAAAUAUUCUUCGGUGCAUAAUUCGGUUCUAUACCUGCUGAAAGUUCACUGUCAAAAUAAUCGAAAUUUUUGGCUUACUUCAAAUAUUUUGGUUGCUAAUCGUUUUAGUGAGGAUAAUCCCGAUGACAAUAACUCGCCCACUUCCGAGAAUUUUAGUUUAAUACUCCAGUUUUUAGCGGACAUUAUAGAGCAAUGCAAUAAAAUCACCAAUGGAAAUCUAAUAUUGCUCUUAGGGUGGUUAAAUAAUCUCCUUGUAGAAUGCAAACAAAAUUCUGAGCUAUUGCAGAAAAAUGAGAAUUUCAUCAGAAUAUGUAGUGCGUUGUCUUCAACGGUCAAGCAAUGUCCAAGUGAAACUGCCAAAUGUCUUUUAACAAUUCUAAUGUAUAGUAAAAUUAGCGAAGAUGUGCUUUUUAUAUUCAGAGAUUUGGCUUUGACUCAAUUAGAUUCUAACAACAUUGAAACUAGAAAUAUCUAUUUAUCGAUCUUUACCAAAAUACCCCUAAAUGUACUACUAUCUCCACUGGAAACGUCGCCUUCAAUUAACAAAUAUGACAUCGAAAUACGUGAGGCUCAGAAGUGGUACAAAAUGUCUACUCACACAGGUGCACUUCGCGGUAAAUAUUUCACACCAAUUCUCGACAAGUUCAAAUUCUCUGCAUCUGUAAUCACAAACUGGGAGCAGCUACUCACGAACGUAUUUGAGAAAUGUACAACACAACAAAAUGGUGACGACAUAACACAUCAAAAAUUAAUCAAAAUAAGCAGAAGAGCUCUAUUUGCUUGGUUUGAACAUGAAGCAGCACGUUACUGUGUAAAUAACAAAAUGCGUACUUCAAUUGGAAAACCACAAGAAACUUUUCUAGCAAUCGAAGCUAUCGUCAUAGAUUAUGCACGCACUUUGGCUACAAUUAACGUAGAUGAUUUAAGCAAAGAAAGCACUGACAAUUUACUUCAAAUCAAACGCAAUGCAUCAAUAUUAUUGGGGUUUUUGGAAAGCCUUGAAAAGCAGAUAUACAAUGCUGGAGAAGGUACCGCUUUUGCAAUAUUGUCACCCGAACAACCCGCAAAGACUUUUUUCCGUGUUAACGCACAUACCUGUAAUGAGUGGUUCAAGCGUAUUCGGCUUGGGGUCAACUUAAUAGCGCAGUAUUGUAACGCUCCUGAUUAUGUUAUACGUUACGCAGAGCACAUACUGGCCAUCGAUCAGCCCAAAAAUGGGCAUUUUGAUCAAGUUAUCACUUCACUAACUUGGGGUCUAUUGCAAGGGAAUGAAAGUGAUAAUUUAAAAGGAUUGUAUACAUGGCUUAAGACAAACGCACAAAAACGAUACCCUUGGAUACUGUAUGCGUCUGAUCAGGCAGCCGGUCGGAGAGAAACUGCAUCUAUUGGGUACGCCAAAAUUCUUGAUGAGUUUGAUGACUCAAUUGACGCAUGCGUUAAAGAUUUCAUAAUUAAUCAGCUAUGGGAUUGCUAUUACUAUACAGGCCAAUGGACAAAAAUGCGUAAAUUACUCGAACGUUUCACCACGUUUAAGCACAAUAGUGUCAUAACAAAUAUAAGAUCAGAUGCGCAUAUAGACGUUAUGGAAGCAUUAAUCAAGGGAUACCAUUCUGAAAAUGAAAAAGUGAAGAUGCGUGAAGCAUUUUUGCAACUGUCAAAUUGGUCAUUUGAUAAUAACGAAGGUGAAGAUCAUUUGAAGGCUAAUUACGUAACUGUACAAAAGCUUGAAGAUAUCUGCUUGACACUUUCCGUGGAAGUGAAUCCAAAUAUUUCGCAAGAGGUACACAACAGUAUUCAAACAUACCUUAAUCAAAGUCUGUUUAACGAUUGUAUUAACGAGUGGAGUAACCUUACGACUGAUUUAGUUAUACUUAAUCAUGCUUACAACAAAAUUAAUGAUGACGAUUUAGCAUGUGGUUUAGAUAGUUUCAAUUGCAGUCAGUCUGUAAAAUCGUCCACAAUACUAACAAAAUGUCUACAUUGGUCUCUGAUUUGUAAUGAAUCCGCGUUAGAUGCCAACAAUAUUAAUAAGAACUGUUCAAUUUAUUUAGAUAUUGCAGCUGUAGCACGCAACGAAGGCAAUAUUAACUAUUGUCAGAUAAUGUUAGAACGCUUUUUUGCUCAAAAAGGAUUUACAGAACCGUUACCCGCAAUAAUGAGUAGCAUUCAAAGUGAGUCAUUUAUUAUUGAUUUCGAAGAUAACGAUUUACAGCGGGCGUACAUUGAGGCAGCUAAAUGUAUUUACAUCAAAUCUGUUCCAGAGCAAGUGGAUGCAAUUAAUGUGGCUGCUGCUUAUUGCAGUCGCGUAGCUGAACUAGCAGAGCAAAAUGCAAAAGUCGUAUAUCCAGUGCAUAGUGCCAAUAUGUUACUUACCAUGGCUGAUUGGAUACAGCAACGAAAUUUCAAUGUCACCAGCAUAAAUUCUCCGCAACUGGAGCACUUGCUGACAAUGUUACCAGAAAUAUCAGUAAAUAUGGCUGAUACCAGCAUGGAAGAAAUAAUUCCCGAUGUAGAAAGAGCAGUAGGUAAAAUUAUUAAUGCAAGUAUAUUCCAGCAGCCAAAUAUGUCGGAAGCUUGGUUCGCCUUUGGUAAUUGGUGUUAUCGGUGGGGCAAAAAGAUGGUUGAAACUCAAAAUGUAAAUAGUGAUAAUUGCCAAAAUGGCACUUUUACUCAAAGUGACCUAAAUGCCAUUCAAGAAGUGUUAGGCACUCAACUCAUAAAUCAAAAUGAUAUAAAGCAACUCUCGCAAGUGCUUUCUUUAAUGCAGCCACAUUCAUUCAAUGGUCCUGAAGAUAUAGAAACUAAUGAUAUCAGUUCAGUGGAUGCAGUGAUAUAUGAGCUAAGGAAAACUGAUUUACUGAUCAACAAAUCACAAGAUCAAAUCCUAAAAAUUAUAAAAAUAUGGCGUCAAGCGCAUAAAAGUAUCUACGUAUUCUAUGAAAUGGCUACAAAGGCAUACUUUAAAUAUUUAGCUAUUACCUCUACAAAUAGAGACUCUUGUGCAAAGCAAUGUUACGCUGAAGAUAGUUAUUUAGUGACUACUACUUUGCGGAUAUUACGAUUAGUAGUUAAACACGCUAUUGGAUUGCAAGAAGUAUUAGAAGAAGGUUUUAAUGCUACACCGUUACAGCCAUGGAAGAUUAUCAUUCCGCAAUUGUUUAGUAGACUGAAUCAUCAUGAACCAUAUGUCCGCAAAAGCGUUUCUGAAUUGUUAUGUCGCUUGGCUGAAAGCCGUCCACACUUAGUGAUAUUUCCCGCUGUAGUAGGUGCUCAGCAAGAACAGAGAAUGAUUAAUUAUAGCACAACAUCAAAGAAUGCUGUUAUUGGUGCAACGUUAUUAAAAGACGGUGAAAAUCAGUCAUCUAAGCUAUCAUAUUGCUUUAAUUCACUACUCCUAACACUUUCCAAACAAACCCCGAAUGCAGUUUUACAUGUGCAACUUUUGGUUAAGGAAUUGAAACGUGUCUCAUUGUUGUGGGAAGAAUAUUGGUUGCAUGCGCUGACUCAACUUUGCUCUGAAUAUGCUACCUUGUUUACCUCAUUAGACAUUGAACUAAAAAAGCGUGUGGAUUCAAAAGAGAAGCUGAUAUCAAAAUUCGAAAUUCUUUUAAUACAUUUGGUCAAGGAUUUGGAAAAAAUUGCCAUAGUUACGUCACAAAAAGCAGAAACGAAUUACGAACGAAAUUUUCAAACUCAAUACAAUGGUUUGAUUAAGAGCACAAUUGCGGAACUCAAGAAACCUUUUAACAUCAAUAAGCCACAUGACAUUAAAUAUGCCAUUAAACACCUUUAUUCUGUAUUUCAGCAACGUUCUAGUAGAGGAAUAGUUUCUACAUACAAAAUAUCAGACCUUAGUCCAGUUUUGGCACAGAUGUGCGAUACCGAAAUAUCUAUGCCUGGUGUCGAGAACUUUGACAAAACCCCAGUUUAUAUAAAGUCGGUUGACAGUACGGUUUACAUACUUCCCACUAAAACGAAACCCAAAAAAUUAGCAUUUUUUGGAAGUGACGGUCGUAAAUACACUUAUCUUUUUAAGGGAUUAGAGGACUUGCACUUGGAUGAACGUAUCAUGCAAUUCUUGUCAAUUGCGAAUUCUAUGAUGGCACGUUCAAUCGAAGAUCCGCACAAUACUAAUUGCUAUAAAGCACAGCACUACUCUGUCAUACCGCUUGGCCCACAAUCUGGUUUAAUAAGCUGGGUCGAUGAUGUGACUCCACUUUUUUCACUUUAUAAAAAAUGGCAACAGCGAGAAGCUACCAUUAAACAAGAACAAAGACAACGAAAGAACAGUAACAAUGAGCGGAACACAGCACCAUCAACGGUAACUCGUCCUACUGAGGUAUUCUACAACAAACUCACGCCACUUUUAGCCGAACAUAACCUCAAAGUAACAGAUGCUCGUAAAUUAUGGCCACUAAGUGCGUUACGUCAAGUAUAUGAUGAUCUUACGGCAGAAACUCCUAAAGAUUUAUUGGCUAAAGAGCUGUGGUGCUAUUCAGAAAACGCAUCAAAUUGGCGCAAAACUGUACGCAAAUAUGUGAAUUCCAUUGCUGUUAUGUCCGUUAUUGGAUAUAUCAUUGGGCUUGGUGAUCGUCAUCUAGAUAACAUACUUAUAAAGCUGAGUUCCGGAGAAAUUGUCCACAUUGACUAUAAUGUAUGUUUUGAAAAAGGGAAAACAUUACGUGUUCCUGAGAAAGUUCCCUUUCGCAUGACACCUAAUUUAGUAGAAGCUAUGGGGCUUACCGGAAUUGAGGGUGCAUUCCGACUAGGCUGUGAGUAUGUGAUGAAAACACUGCGUAAAGAGAAGGAAACCCUUUUAACUCUUUUGGAGGCAUUUGUCUACGAUCCGUUAGUGGAUUGGACAGUUGGUGAGGAUGGUGUUACUUCAAACCGAGCUACUACUGCACAUGAAGCAGCAUUGAGUAUAUCAAUUCAACAGGCAUCUACAGAAGAAGCACGUAAGAGUAUAUUGAAAGCACACAAGCCUGACGAUUUUAUGAUUAGGAAACAUCAUUUAGGCUUAACUCGCCAAACUAUCGAUAAGAAAUAUAAAGAUAUCAAGCCGCGCUGGGAGAAAUACAAGAAUGAAAUAAUUUCUAAAUUAAUGAGUAUUGAUAAUGAAACUGAACAAUUUAUCAAGCAUCGUGAGAUAUAUCAGCAAGCAGAGAAAGAACGCACUGCGCUUAGCAAGCAAUUAGCCAAAAUACACGAGUUAGAAGCAUUAGGGAGUGCAAUGAGUAGUCAUGCAUUCAAUACCAUCUCCCAACGGUACCAGUCGUUUAAAAGAAACGCCGUUGAAUUCUCCAACGUUAAACAAAAAAUCGAAGAGGAUAAUAACCGCAUCAAAAAGUUACUCUCUGUUUAUUUCGAUGACUUGACAAGUACAACAGCUCAUCAAAAGCUUAAAUACUUACAGUUGCAAAUCUCAGAUCAGCCGAAAGCAAUGUAUAUCAGUGAGUUUGAUACUGUGUAUGAAAUGCUUAAGCAAAAUCCUCAACAUGCUGAUCUUGACACUGGUGCAAAAAGGACACGAGCAGAAAUGGAUUCAGCAUAUACGAAGCUAACCGGUGUCGCCCAUGACUGCCUGGAUGCAUUGGUACAAUACACUAGCAUUAUGCAGUUUUAUUCACGUACACAAUUGCAACAGCAUCGUCUUGUACAAACUGAACAGAUUUAUCAAGAGCUGUUGGAACAAAAUAAGUUAACCGAAUCUUUAAAGCAGUACAUAGACGACUUGAAAAAAUUUAAACACACACAGGAUGCUGCUAUCAUAGAUUCUAUACGAAAAUAUUCGCAUGCUAUGGACAAUAUAUGGGAACAGCUCAAUGGCGAAUUAUCUGCUGCGGUUAAACAUUUCAACUCUCACAAGCAGAAGAAGUUCAUAACUGUUGAAGUUGCCGAUAACGCAAUUCGUGACUUCAUAUCUAUCAAAAAACAACACCUUCAAAUUUUGCAACUGUCAAUGUUGGAUAUACUGUCUAAGGGAAACAGUACAUUCCUGCAAGUUGAAGAGGAGGCGAUCAUUAAAAAAGAUCCCUAUUUGUUGGAUCAGCAAAUCGAUCAUAUCAAUAUUUAUCUUACACUUUGCCAAUCUAUUUUCUAUGAGGAUAAUCAACCUAAUCUAAUACCACUUCAUAAAUUGCUUUCUACUCUACAAGCUCUACACACAUUGAAAUCGGCAUUCUUAUUGGAUAUAACAGAACGAAUCAUAUGGCUGUUUGUAGUCGAUAAUGAUGUUAAUCUACAAAAAUGCCUGGAUAUUAUGUGUAGUACUCCAAGUAGCUUGGCUGAAUUUUGUAAAAGUCGUAGAAGUCGAUUGACUGAUGAACUGUUUACGCUUUUGGCAGAAAUAAAUUCAAUUUUUGACAGAUUUGAAAGUGAAUUUAAACAGCUAAAACGUAUCAGACAAAAUAUUUUGGAUAAAAUGGAAGAUUGCAAAUAUAAACAAUUCGUGCAAAUGAGGACUUUCAGCAGUGCCGUCAAUGUUAUUAGUACGAUUACCAGAAGUGAACUGAUAUCACAAAUCUUCUCUACAAUUCGUAAUCACGUCACCUCACUGAGAAGUUUUAGAUCUCAAAAUGUUUACGAUAUUAGAGAAAUAACGAAGAUUGUAACAGAUUAUGUAGAUCACUUAGAGAAUUCAAUUAUUAGUGGACUUGCGCCUUUAUUCACACAUUCCUUAUAUAAUGAUCUUAAAAGUUUUGUUCGAUACAAUUUGGAAGGUAUAGAGAAAACGUCAUUAGCUCAAGCGGAAGAACUUUGCCGAAAUUUGUUUGUGGCGCUCAAAUACAAGGCCAAUCACAAAAACUUCCAAAUGCGGAUAUUACAACUAAAAACAUGUAUAAAUCACUACACUCUGGUUGAAAGUGCAUACUAUUGGGCUAAUCUAGAAGUUCUAAGUAAUCCCAAGGUAGCGGUCAAAAACGUCAUAGUUAAAGGAAAUUUAAUAGAUUCACUACAGGAAACCAAAGAACGCUUAAUGACUGGAAACAAUGAAGUAUCAGAUCUUCAACGAUCUCUUGUAAAGUAUAGAAAUAGCAUUGUUCAUUUAAUUAAUAAUGAAGAAAUGAAAACUGCAUUUUUGGAUGGAAUUGAACUUCAGAACAGUCGUUUUCAAUUUUAUGAACAAAUGACGACGACAUUGAAGGGUUAUGUUAAUGUAGUUUUGGAAUUUGAACAGAAUCACAAUGCAAGUACAACAAAUAAAGAACUAUCUAGUACAUUGGAUGAGUGGGAAGAAGUGUAUAUUAAGAGUAAUCGUAGUGAGGCUGUUAUAACACCAACGGAAGUUCGAAUCGUUGAGUUGCUUGAUCCAGAAGGUAAAGUAGAUCAGAAUUGGAUCAAGAACGUGCUUGGCCUACUUGAUGAAAUGAGUUUUGGGGUGCACCGAAAAUUAGAUAGCUUGGAACAAGAGGAAGAAAAAAUUAAAUCAAUAUUCCUGGUACAAUCUGAACAAUUGCAGUCUUUGUUUGAAACUUCAGUUCGGCUAGAAAUGCGACAGUUGCUGCGAUCAAUUUCCAAAAACGAGAAGUAUAACAAAAAUGGUAAAAUUGAAGUAACUGAAAUAGCGACUGUCGCACGGCAACUGCAUCAAACAUUCAAACAAUUCUAUACCAAAGUGAGUGAACUGCAAGUAAACCUUGGCGCUGCGGAAUACUCUUCUGAUGCCCUUUAUGAAAUUAAGAAAUCAGUGUCAGAGCUAUUAACCGCCGUCGAACAGAAUCAUAACGAAUUCAUACAACUACUCCAGAAAUUUCUGUACGAUGAGGAAUUGAUACUGUCCACCGCAAUCCAAGGAGAGAAUCCAAAUUCCGAUAUUUAUAAAAAUGAAAACCAUAGCCCUAAUACUUCGGAUAAGAAAAAUUAUAACCAAGCCGAACAAAAACUGAAUGUGCAUGCGGUAGCCGUUUGGAGAAAAGUACGUGCCAAACUUGAGGGUCGCGAUCCGGACUCCAACAAACGCAACACAGUAGCCGAACAAGUUGAUUACAUUAUACAAGACGCCAUGAACCGUGAUAAUUUAGCUCUUCUUUACGAAGGUUGGACGCCUUGGGUGUAAAAAUAGAGAACGGCAACUCCUUUGGGAGUAGGAAUCCAAAUCGGUUGACACAUACCAGUUUCAAAGUUGUCGAAAUGUUUAAAUUUAGAUAUCAAUCAAUCAAUCAACACACUUUUCAGAAAGUAUCACCGUCAUUUAGCCAGUCAGGUGAUAACCUUUUUAAUUGAUGUGUUGUUAGCAUGCUUUGCAAUCGUAUGACUUUCAUGUGUUUGCAAGUUUAUAAUUCGGGAGAAAUUGAAAAAGCCGCGCAUAGGGUCGAUUGAAGCCCUGGUUAAGGAAAUAUUUUAAAAUUUGUUUAUGUCUAGAACAAUAUAAGCUUCCUCUUCGAUGAAUAUGGCCUUUUCAUUUCAUUACAGUUUUAAUUUCACCUCAUUCAAAUUUUUACAAUUUAACCGUUUUUGUGGGUAAUCUAAAUUCAAAACUUUCCAAACGACUAGCGACAUUAUGUUUUUAAUUUAAAUCAAUUAAAAUUUAUGCUAUAAUUUAUAUCUUUU